CUCACCUCCCCAUCGAGCCCCAAACAGUGCACUGAGCCUGGGUUUGAGCCCCCGCAACGCAAGAACUCACGUCUGCCGCUGAGCCCCAAAUUGCUCACCCAGCUGCAUUCUCUGCCCCAGCAGCCAUCACCACAUAGCUGUGCUCUUCCUUCCAAGCCCAGGUGCGAUGCCGGGGCGCCGCAGGGAAGCUCAGGCGAGGAGCCGGGUCCUCACCCGCCGCCCCUCCGAGCGCCCAGACCGAGAGGGAAACCGAACGCAGAAGCGGGCGGUCGGCAAACAAAACAUUCUGCUCCCACCUUCCUCGUGGGAUCCGCAACUUCGGGCUCCUCCCGUUCCUCGGCUUUCUCCCCUCUCUUGUGCGGGGCUCAGAGACAGGCACGCCGGCUGCUGGCCGCGCGGCGGAGGGGCACACCCGACUCAGCCCGCUCGUACAGCCCCAGGGACGGAGCAUCCGAGCGGUGCACCCCACAGACAUCGCAACAGCCGGCGCGUCGGGUAGAGGGGCUGCCCUGCCGCUGGGAGGAGCCGAGCGCGCCCCGCCCACCGCGGCGCGGCGUCUGCGCAGACGGAGGCGUCAUGGCGGAGAAAGCGCAGAAGAGCGUGAAGAUCGCGCCGGGAGCCGUGGUGUGUGUGGAGAGUGAGAUCCGCGGCGAUGUCACCAUCGGGCCGAGGACGGUGAUACACCCGAAGGCCAGGAUCAUUGCAGAGGCAGGGCCCAUUGUGAUCGGGGAAGGCAACCUGAUAGAGGAGCAGGCGCUCAUCAUCAACGGGUACCCAGAAAACAUCACGCCAGAAACUGAGGAGGUGGAGCCCAAGCCCAUGAUCAUUGGCACCAACAACGUCUUUGAAGUUGGGUGCUAUUCACAGGCAAUGAAAGUGGGAGAUAACAACGUAAUAGAAUCCAAAGCAUUUGUCGGCAGAAACGUGAUCCUGACGAGCGGCUGCAUCAUCGGAGCCUGCUGCAACGUCAACACCUACGAGGUGAUCCCUGAGAACACCGUCAUCUAUGGUGCUGACUGCCUUCGCCGUGUGCAGACCGAGCGGCCACAGCCCCAGACACUGCAGCUGGACUUCCUGAUGAAAAUCCUGCCCAACUACCAUCACCUGAAGAAGACGAUGAAGGCUGCAUCCACACCUGUUAAGAGCUGAAAGCCCUGUGCCACCAGUUGCAUGCCUGGGGUCUCUUGUCCUUUGGGCACUGCACAGCCCGGGAAGCAGCUGGGCUCUGCAUCCUUCAUUCUCGCUUGUGUCUUUUAUUUAUAGCCUCCCAAGCACCACAGGCUUUGGACCCGUUGUCUCCCUCGCACCAACUCUAACAUUCCGCGUGCUUUAUGGGAAUAAAGGGAUUCCGCUCUUGCUGCA